UGGCGGGAUGGUGGCCUCCGCCGGCUGGCGGCUGGCGGGACAGUAGUGGCUCAGCUCUGGGUCUGAAGACCCAGCUUCCUCCUUUCCCAUCGGUACCCGCCCCUGAUGCCUGCCAGACUUUUGCUCAUACCAGGGCCCCCGCCUGACCAGCCUCCCACUCCAGACUGAUUGGGGAGUCGGAGGUUGAACUGUCUGGGGGCCGGUACCAAUGCACUGCCGGGCCUUUCGGGGCCUGGCAGGAGCCCUCUUUACCCUCCUGUGCGUGGGAUUCCUGUCUCUACGAUACCACUCAAGUUUGUCCCUGCGGAUGGCGCAGGACACACUCAGGCUGAACCAACAGAACCCAGGGUCCUUGGAACUGCAGCUUGGCGACAUCUUCAUCGCAGUCAAGACAACCAGGGCCUUCCACCGCUCUCGCCUGGACCUGCUACUUGACACGUGGGUCUCCAGGACCAGGCAACAGACAUUCGUCUUCACUGACAGCCCAGAUGAAAGCCUCCAAGAGAGACUGGGCUCCCACCUUGUGGUCACCAACUGCUCUGCAGAGCACAGCCACCCUGCUCUGUCCUGCAAGAUGGCUGCAGAAUUUGACGCCUUCUUGGCCAGCGGACUCAGGUGGUUCUGCCACGUGGACGACGACAACUACGUGAAUCCCAGGGCACUGCUACAGCUGUUGAAAACAUUCCCACGGGACUGUGAUGUCUACGUGGGAAAGCCCAGCCUGAACCGGCCCAUCCACGCCUCUGAGCUGCAAUCAAAAAACCGCACGAGGCUGGUACGGUUCUGGUUUGCCACAGGGGGUGCUGGCUUCUGCAUCAGCCGCCAACUGGCUUUGAAAAUGGUCCCAUGGGCCAGCGGCUCCCACUUCAUGGACACUUCGGCUCUCAUCCGCCUGCCUGACGACUGCACCGUGGGCUACAUCAUUGAGUGCAAGCUGGGAGCCCACCUGCAGCCCAGCCCCCUUUUCCACUCCCAUUUGGAGACCCUGCAGCUGCUGGGCACUGCCCAGCUUCUGGAGCAGGUCACCCUCAGCUACGGGGUCUUUGAGGGGAAACUGAAUGUCAUCAAGCUGCAGGGCCCCUUCUCCCAUGAAGAGGACCCUUCCAGGUUUCGCUCCCUCCAUUGUCUCCUUUAUCCCGACACACCCUGGUGUCCCCUGCUGGUGGCACUGUGAACUCUGAACUGCAGCAGGGGUGGAUGGAUGCUUCUGCUGGACCCCUCCCCCAUCUCCUAAGCGGUCUUGAGGGCUCCUGGUCCCUGGUAGGGCCUCUGGGUGACAGGAAAGGCCAGGACCUGGACAGUGGUUGGUGAUGAAGGUGUCUCAGGCCCAGGGACCUAGUCACUCCACAGAGGCUGUGGGGGCAAUGUUCGGGGUCCUUACUCUCCUGAGAGUGACAUGUGCCCUGGCUGGGAACUAGCCUCAGUCAUUCCUUGAGCACCAGCCAGGGCCAUUAGCACAAAACCAGGGUCUGUGCCCUGCAGCUGUGGGACUGGUCUCAGCUGCUCCUAGAUCUCCUUGCCUGGCCAAGGAACCUGGACUUUGGAAGCUCAGCAGGCUCAGAAGGACCGUGGUGGGUCCCUGUCAAUUGUGACUGACUUGGUUCAUUGCCCCAGCCUUCUUUGCUGUGAGGAGCUACCGUGUGACUCAGCAAGAACUGAGGAAAGCCAGCCGAGGUUUCUGGAAGGAGUUUCACAGCCCAAGAUCCUUUCUCCCUACUGUGAAUGUGGGUGUGAUGACUGGCUCUUGGGAAGCUACUUUGCCACCAUGAGGGAAAGGCCAAGACAAUCAUCUAAAGCUGUUCUUUCUGACAUCCAAUCUGUGAGAAAUCAAACCUUUA